AUGGGCAAUUCAACAGGAAGCACAGUAGACGACCUGCAGGCGGUGGAGAUGCACCUCUGGUACAAGAAGUUCAUGACUGAGUGUCCCUCAGGUCAGCUCACCCUGCAUGAGUUCAAACAGUUCUUUGGGCUGCGAAGUUUGGACCCGGAGGCCAAUGCCUACAUAGAGCAGAUGUUCCGAACCUUUGACAUGAACAAGGACGGCACCAUAGACUUCAUGGAGUACGUGGCUGCCCUGAGCCUUGUGAUGCGGGGGAAGAUGGAACAUAAACUGCGCUGGUACUUCAAGCUUUAUGAUGUGGAUGGAAAUGGCUGCAUUGACCGACAUGAGCUCCUCAACAUCAUUAAGGCUAUCCGUGCAAUCAACGGCAAUGAAAAUCAGGAAACAUCUGCUGAGGACUUUACCAACCGAGUGUUUGACAAGAUCGAUAUAAAUGGAGAUGGGGAGCUGUCCUUGGAUGAGUUUGUGGCUGGUGCUCGCAAUGAUGAAGAUUUCAUGGAGGUGAUGAUGAAAAGUCUGGACCUUGCCCACAUAGUGGCCAUGAUCCACAAGCGGAGGCAAAGCAUCUAG